UGUUCAAACUUCGAAUGAAUUAUUAAAUUAAAAAUGGUGGCUGUAAGUUAAAGAAUUGAAAACGAAAUUGAAUAUAUUUUGAAGGAAACAAUAAAGGUAACAGGAAUGAUUGCGUAAAAAUAUAACAGAAUGUCGACUCCAGUGUCGAAUCGCAAAUAUGGUGCGCAAAAAAUUCGACUUACAAUUCUGUGUGCCAGAAACCUAGUACGGAGAGAUUUAUUUCGUCUGCCAGAUCCAUUUGCCAAAAUAUCUGUAGAUGGAAGUGGCCAAGUAUAUUCUACAAAUGCAGUAAAAGCAACAUUAGAUCCAAAAUGGAAUACUCAUUAUGACUUGUAUUUAACUAAAGGAGAUGGCAUUACUAUCAGCAUAUGGAAUCAAAGAAAAGUUCACAAGAGACAAGGCUCUGGUUUCCUAGGUUGUGUUCGUAUUCAAUCAUCUACUGUGCACAAAUUAAAAGAUACAGGAUAUCAAUGCCUAGAACUCUGUGAAGAUAAUUCAGGAGAAGCGUGUGGUGUGAAAGGACAAGUAAUUGUGUCAUUAUUAUCAAGAGAUGGAGCGAGAGGUGAACCUGCCUCAGCUGCAGGCGAGGGUUCACCUUUGGCUGUUGUGGGGCCAGCAGGAGAAGUGAGGGCCCCAAGAGAGCCACCCGUAAAUAAUAGCACUAAUUUACCAUUGCCCCAGCACUGGGAGGAAAGGUUUACAUCUAGUGGGAGGCCAUAUUAUGUGAACCACGCCCUCCGUCGCACACAAUGGGAACGGCCAAGCCCAGAGCCUACAACAAGCCCACAACCAUCUCCUCCUCCAACAUCACCAUCUCCUGCUCCUAUAAGCCCUUCAUCACCAGUCACAACUUCCUCACCUGUAUCACCAUCAUCUCCAAUUUCAGAGACUGAUGUUAGCCAUGGAAACUCCAUAUCUUUGUGCCCUGAGCCGCAGCCGCAAACAGCGGUGCGGUCGCGCGCGAUAGCGCCGACGUCGUCACCUCCCGCCGUUGCUAGUCCUACGCCUGCGCCCGUUGCGGCCACUGACCUGCCGCCUGGCUAUGAGAUGCGCACGACGGCGCAAGGGCAGGUGUACUUCUACAACAGCAUGACGGGCGCGUCGACGUGGCACGACCCGCGCGUGCCGCAGCACCUGCGCCACUGCGCCGCGGCCGCCGGCCCGCUGCCGCCCGGCUGGGAGAUGCGGCACGCGCCCUCCGGCCGCCCCUACUUCGUCGACCACAACAACCGCACCACGCAGUUCACUGACCCCCGCCUCGCGCUCUCCGCCCGCCUGACACCGCCUCUAGAAACGAACCAAACCCCCAACGCACCUGUGACCGGACCGCCACCUGCGAGUGCUGCAAACGAACCAGUCGAUUCGGACGCUCUACCGAAAUAUAAGCGAGAUCUCGCUGCCAAGGCAAGAGUGUUGCGAGCUGAACUGCAAGCAUUACAACCGCAGACUGGACACUGUCGAAUUGAGGUUUCACGUAACGAAGUGCUAGAAGAAUCGUACCGUCUCGUCAUGAAACUGCGCGGCAAGGAGUUACGAAAACGAUUGCUCGUCAAGUUCCGAGGGGAAGAGGGAUUGGACUAUGGCGGUGUUGCCAGAGAAUGGUUGCAUUUACUUGGACGGGAACUGUUUAACCCACAGUAUGGGUUAUUCCAAUACGCUAAUGCUGGUGAUGAUCGAUAUGCGCUUCAGAUUAACGCUGAUUCUGGGGUGAACCCAGAGCACUUGUCAUACUUCCAUUUUGCGGGUCGUAUUUUAGGCGUGGCUUUAUUCCACGGGCACCAGUUAGACGCCGCCUUCACUGCGCCCUUUUAUAAACAGCUAUUGGGACGACCCAUUACAUUGAGAGAUAUUCGAGAUGUAGACCCGGAAUUACACCGCUCACUUUCUUGGAUGUUAGAAAAUAGCAUAGCUGGUGUAAUCGACACAACGUUUGCUGUAGAAUGUUCUUCGUUUGGAGCAGUACGUAGCGUCGAGCUUAGGCCCGGCGGCACGAACGAACCGGUUACAGAUAACAAUAAACGGGACUACGUACGUCUGUAUGUUGCGCACCGUUUCACACGGGGCGCAGAACGACAGUGGCUAGCGCUACAAAGAGGUCUAGCUGACAUCAUUCCUCCGCAAUUACUCAGGCCACUCUCACCGAGAGACCUCCAACCGCUCCUGGCUGGCCGAGCCGAUCUCGACCCGGCCGAUUGGAAGCGACACACCCGCCUCAAACACGUGAACCCGGACGCGCCGAUCGUCAACUGGUUCUGGGAAAUUGUCGAAGAAUUUGAUGCGGAAAUGCGCGCGAGACUCCUUCAGUUUGUUACCGGCUCUCGGCGAGUGCCGCUCGCCGGCUUCAGAGCCCUGCAAGGCUCGACGGGCGCGGCCGCUCCCCGCCUGUUCACGCUCCACCUCGUGGCGGACGCCUCGCCAGACUCGCUGCCUAAAGCGCACACGUGCUUCAACCGUCUCGAUCUUCCCCCGUAUCCUACUAAAGAAAAACUACAUGAUAAGCUUAAACAGGCCGUUCUCGAAACCGCUGGAUUCGCCGUUGAAUGAUAUAGAUACUUAUAUGCAAGUCUAUCUUAAGUAUCUAAAUAUGUAUAUGCGCAAUGAUUUUUUUUCUUUCAAUUAGCGUGAGACUGACAGGUUAGGGAUUGUUAAAACAUGACAGAAAUGAUUUUACGAAAUUGACAGAAAUGUUGUGUUCUCAAAUUGGAAUUACCUUCUUUUGUGAUACUGUAUUAUUUAUCUGUGACGGUACAAAUAUGUAUAAUGAUUGUUUUAUUGUUUUAAAGUUUUUACCAAUGGUUGAUGAUAGCAAAAGUAUUUGAGCUCUUCCAAUUAGUUACAUAAAAUUUGUAUAUAAAAUCAGUCUUUAAAUAUGUUUCGAGACAAUGAAGGUGUAGGAUAGUAUUAAUUAUUAUUUGCAAUUUUUGCAUAAUACAUUUUAUUCGCUCUUAUAAUAUCCCAACACAUUACAACAGUAUAUUAUUGCACAAUAUAUAAUAUUUUACACAUGCUCAAAUAAGUAUACAUAAUUACAUACAAUUGACAUAGUUUUAAGAUUCGAAUUUUCCCCUUAAUUUUAAGAUAUAAUUUAGGUUUUAUUUAUGGAUAGUUAACCGAAUUAACACGAAAAUAUAUAACAUAUUCAUAGUUGAAGUUCAACAUAAUAAUUCUAACUAAUGUUAAAGUAAUCUAGCAUUAUAAUUAUCUCAAUGCAUUAGAAAAUAUAAAAUUAUGUAUAUGUCAAAUCAAUUGCGCCUGGUCUUGAAUUUAGUUAAUAAAUAUUUAAUAAAUCUAACACUAAAACGCAAUUUACACACAAUUUGUUUAAAAAAAUUGAAGAAAUUGGUACCGUUUUAAUAUUUACUAUUCCAUUUCAUUUUAUGAAAAAAAUGUGCUUAUGGAAUAUAAAUAUUUUGUGAUGUCUGUGUUACCUUGGCAAUAAAUAAUAUAAACCAUCUAAAAUAUUAGCCGAGAUUUUAAGAUUUCAAUUAUUAAUUUAGCCAUUUCUAUAUAUUUAGUUGUAUUAUAUCUUGUAAAAAAUGUUUAUUGUUCAGUACAAAGCAGACCAGCAAUAUGAUGUUAAAAGAAUUAGAAUGAGAUGAAAAAAUAUAUGUGCUUCAGGUGCCUUACAUUACAUUCAGUAUAUUAUUAUGGUUAUUUGUAUAUUUUAUUGAAAAGUAUGAUUUGUAUUGUAAUAUUCCAGUAAAUAAAUCAAACAAUUUAUUAAUGAAGAAUGAAUGUUAAUUGUAAGAUACAAUGCUUUUAAUACAAUAUUUAUAACAAGGAUGAGUGCCUUUUAUGUGUAAAAUAAAGAUGAUAAUGUAAUGUUAAGUAGUGUUGUAUGACUGUUAGUGAUAUGAAAUAUUAUUUAAUAGCUAGUAUGAUGGUAGCAUAAAGGAAAAUAUAAUAUUUUUGCACAAUAA